AUGUUUUCUUCAUUCAGUUACCUAACAGCUGUCCCCUAUUUUCUUAGGUGUCCAAGAACACUGAUGGCAAACUUUAAGGGCCAUGCUCUCCCAGGGAGUUUUUUCUUGAUAGUUGGACUGUGGUGGUCAGUGAAGUAUCCACUGAUAUACUUCCACCAAAAGGGGAAAAGCAGCCAACUGACUCAUUACCAUCAGCGCCUUGAGAUCAUUGAAGCCGCAAUCCGAACUUUGUUUUCAGUCAUUGGGAUCCUGGCAGAGCAGUUUGUUCCAGAUGGGCCCUACUUCCACCUGUACCAUGAAAACCAGUGGGUGAAGUUGAUGAACUGGCAGCACAGCACCAUGUAUCUGUUCUUUGCAGUCUCGGGAAUCGUGGACAUGCUCACCUAUCUCGUCACCCACGUUCCCCUGGGGGUGGACAGAUUGGUUAUGGCUAUGGCAGUAUUCACUGAAGGUUUUCUCUUCUACUACCAUGUCCAUAACCGACCACCCUUGGACCAGCACAUCCACUCACUCCUGCUGUGUGCACUGUUUGGAGGGACUUUCAGCAUCUUCUUAGAGGUGAUCCUCCGGGACAACAUUGUGCUGCAACUUUUCCGAACCACUCUUGUUAUUCUUCAGGGCACCUGGUUCUGGCAGAUCGGGUUUGUGCUGUUCCCACCGUUUGGAGCACCCGAAUGGGACCAGAAAGAUGAAGCAAACAUCAUGUUCAUCACCAUGUGUUUCUGCUGGCACUACAUGGCUGCCCUCUGCAUUGUGGCCAUCAACUACUCUCUCGUUUACUGCCAUUUGACUCGGUUAAAGAGGUGCGGAGGAGAAAUCAUUGGGAUUCAGAAGCUGAAGUCAGAUCACACUUACCAGACGGCCCUCCUGACUGGCUCAGAUGAAGAGUGA